CAACUUUAAAACAUUGUUGUACUUGACGUCAUUCGAACGAUGUGUGUUUAGCGAUUGUGGUUUUGUAUAUAUUAGAGGUGUUUUAGUGGACAAUUAUUAAUGUUAAAUAAUAAAUAGUGAAAAUGGAGACUGAAAAGAUGAUAGAGGAUACAAUACCACCUCAGGUGACGUCACUGACAAGUUUGGACAGCGGCGUCAGACCGGUGCCCAGCAGCCCUGCGUACGCGGCGGAAAGGGACGCAUGCCUCAACUACUUCACAAGAUGGAACGAGACAGAUCAGGUGGAAUUCGUGGAGCAACUCCUGGCUAGGAUGUGCCACUACCAGCACGGUCACAUCAAUGCCUACCUCAAACCGAUGCUACAAAGGGAUUUCAUCAGUAUGCUGCCCAAAAAAGGCCUGGACCACGUCGCAGAGAACAUACUGUCGUACCUGGACGCGAGCUCUCUAUGUGCGGCCGAGUUGGUUUGCCGCGAGUGGUUGAGGGUGAUAUCGGAAGGGAUGCUGUGGAAGAAGCUCAUCGAGAGGAAGGUCCGUACGGAUUCGCUGUGGCGCGGCCUCGCCGAGCGGAGGGGAUGGAUACAGUACCUGUUCAAACCGAAGCCUGGCUGCCAACAUCCGUCACACUCAUUCUACAGACAACUAUAUCCCAAGAUAAUAAAGGACAUACAAUCUAUAGAGGACAAUUGGAGAAUGGGAAAACAUAAUUUACAGAGGAUAAACUGCAGAUCGGAGAAUUCCAAAGGCGUAUAUUGCUUACAGUACGACGACAAUAAGAUAGUAUCGGGCCUUAGAGAUAACACAAUAAAAAUAUGGGACAGAAAGACACUGCAGUGCGUCAGAGAGCUGCAAGGUCACACGGGGUCGGUUCUGUGCCUGCAGUACGACGAGCGCGCCAUCAUAUCCGGCUCGUCGGACUCCACCGUGCGCGUGUGGGACGUGUCCACGGGCGCCAUGCUCAACACGCUCAUCCACCACUGCGAGGCGGUGCUGCACCUGCGCUUCUGCAACGGGAUGAUGGUCACUUGCAGCAAGGAUCGUUCGAUAGCCGUGUGGGAUAUGACGUCGACGACGGAGAUAAUGCUGAGGCGAGUGCUGGUGGGACACAGGGCCGCUGUCAAUGUCGUUGACUUUGACGAGAAAUAUAUUGUCAGUGCGUCCGGUGAUAGAACUAUAAAAGUGUGGAACACGUCGUCGUGCGAGUUCGUGCGCACGCUGAACGGGCACAAGCGCGGGAUCGCGUGCCUGCAGUACCGGGACCGGCUCGUCGUGUCGGGGUCCUCGGACAACACCAUCCGGCUGUGGGACAUCGAGUGCGGCUCGUGCAUCCGGGUGCUCGAGGGGCACGAGGAGCUCGUGCGCUGCAUACGGUUUGACAAUAAGCGAAUCGUGAGCGGCGCUUACGACGGGAAGAUCAAGGUGUGGGACCUGCCGGCCGCGCUGGACGUGCGGACGCCGCACCAGGACCUCUGUCUGCGGACCUUAGUCGAGCACACGGGACGCGUGUUCCGUCUUCAGUUCGACGAGUUCCAGAUCGUGUCCUCGUCGCACGACGACACCAUCCUCGUGUGGGACUUCCUCAACUACAGCGGCGCCUCGCCCCCGCCGCGCGCGCGCUCGCCCGCAGAUAGGGACCUGUUCGACUAGCGCCGCCCCCCGGUACGACCACACGCAUAUACAUAUCGACGCUCUAAAGGCAAACGUGACUAAUGCGGAGUUUACAUUACGAAAUUAGUGUCAUGCAUGUCGAGCUCAAUUUCACGAAAGUAGUUUCGAUUUAAGCGAAAGUAAUUUCGUCAAAAAAUUAGUGUCGCGAAAUCCACAGUAUCGCAGUAACCAUGACGCCAUCACCAUCAAAGCUAUAUUCUAUGCUAUAUGCUAUAUUCAAUGUAGCUAAAGAAAUGCUUAUAUACCUAUAAACUUAAAAAAAAGACUAUCAAGAAAAAAAAGGUUGGUAGAUUCGAGGAUGGUCAACAAGAAGGCAUUUAGGUGCAAUGAAGUUAGUCUCUGAAUUAGCAGAUGAAGAUCCUGAGAGUUAUAAAAACUAUUAUCGAAUGAGUGAAUAUAAUUUUGCUUUUUUACUGUAGGUGUUUCGGGUCCCAGAGACACCGUUGUCGCUGAUAUUCAUUAAUAAGAUCUAUAUUUUUAUCUGUACUCCAUCGUUGGUUUGCCAUUUUCAACGCUUGAAGCGCGUCCGAACUAACAAUACACACGUCCGCACAGCGCAGGCCCUUUCGCGACAUUAGUUUCACGUCGCGUCUACACUAUGAAAUUAGUUGCAUGACACUAAUUUCACCAAAAAAUCGCGCAGGGCACGAAACUAAUUUACAUGCAUGAAAUUAAUGCAUGCAUUACGAAAGUAUUAAAUUACACGUGAAACUGUUGGUAAAACUAAUGUCACGAAAUUAAUUUCACGCCACUAAUUUCGUAAUGUAAAUUCGUGAAGCGUCAAUGCGUGAACUUUACAGUAGACUAAUUUAAUGUUGAAAAAAAUAUUGCUUAGAUGGGUGGACGAGCUCACGGCCCACCUGACGUUAAGUGGUUACCGGUGCCCAUAGAUAUCUACAACGUAAAAGCUGAGGUGUUUCAGGAUUAUCCAUUCUUUGUGGGACACCCUGUAUAUCGAAGUCGUCGUGGCCUAAAGGAUAAGAGGUCCGGUGCAUUCGUGUAUAGCGAUGCACCGGUGUUCGAAUCCCGCAGGCGAGUACCAAUUUUUCUAAUGAAAUACGUACUCGGCAAAUGUUCACGAUUGACUUCCACGGUGAAGGAAUAACAUCGCGUAAUAAAAAUCAAAACCCGCAAAAAUAUAAUUUGCGUAAUCACUGGUGGUAGGACCUCUUGUGAGUCCGCGCGGGUAGGUACCACCGCCCUGUCUAUUUCUGCCGUGAAGCAGUAAUGCGUUUCGGUUUGAAGGAAGGAUGGGCUACCUUAGAACUUAUAUCUCAAAUGUAGAUGGGCGGGCGAGCUCACGGCCCACCUGAUGUUAAGUGGUUACCGGAGCCCAUGGACAUCUACAACGUAAAUGCCGCCACCUACCUCGAGAUAUGAGUUUUAAGGUCUCAGGUUUACAGUACUAUGCAUAAUGUUUACAGUACUAUGCAUUUGUGCGCACAUAACUUAUGUUGCAAGCCAGAUUUUGUUUCUUUUUAUUUGUGUUUUUUAUGUAUCUUGUGUAGCUUGUGAUGUGUAUUUGAGCAGCUUGUGAUGUGUAUUGUGAGCCUAAUAAAAUAAAUAAAUAAAAAUGGAUAAACAAGCUUAUAAACUAUAAUACAUAGGCAAUUAGUGACCAAAUCUAUUAUUCUUUUCCAGGUAACAUUCUAAGACCACAAUGAGACUACGUUUUUUUUUUAAAAAGUUUAAACGUUAAAGAGAAUUAAUUAUUAAAUUAAUGAGGGAUGUAAGUAAUUAAAUAGAUUAAAAAGAGAGAGAAAGAAAAAAUAAUUAAAAAAAGAAAACAAGAAAGAAAAAAAAACUAACUAAAAUAUGGGACAAAACAUGAAAUAAUUGUUGUAAAGUUGGUUCGUUUUGUUUUUUUUUUAGCGAAAUGAAAGUUUAUAAAUAGUGUCGACGCUUAGUAGUUACUAAGGUAUAUUUACAACGUAAAUGAAUAAAUGUAAGAUGAGAGAGAAAGAGAGAGAGAGAGAAAAAAAAGAUGCAAAACGGAAUCUCCUGAGAUUUUUUGUUUUUUUGACCUUUGACGAAAGAGAAAUAUUAAAAUAAAAAAAGCUCGACUAUAAACUCUUCAUCUGUGAUGGAUAUUAAGAUUUAUACGCGCGGUGAAGAAUUAUGUAUUUGUUAAACAGAAAAAAAAAAUUUUUUUAGCGCGGGAAAACUCGGCACGCCAUGUUUGAUUCGUGACGUCACUAUGUCAAUGACAUUAGAAACAAAGUUUGUGGUAGGAACCCGUGGAAGACAUUCGACAGAAGUGAACCAAGAAAAAAAAAAUUUGAUACUAAAUUGAUUACUAAAUUGAAAGACUGAGUGAGAAAUAUUUUAAAGAGCUAGUUAAAUUAUAUUAAAUUAGCGGACCCGACAGAAGUUGUCCUGCGAAAAUUCGUUCAAGUCGAUCCAUCCGUUUGGUUGUAGUAUAGAUAAAUAACCUAGAUACCGACUGCAGCGCCAACUGCCGGGCUGAUUUGUGAAUCUAAACCAUCCAGGGCGCCAUACAAACGCAUACAAAAAAAAAACAUUCAAAUCGAUCCAGCCGUUUAGGCGGACUUCAGUGACAAACACACGCACAGCAGAAAUAUAUAUAUAAAGAUUUGUUCGUCUGAAGCUAAAGUCAUUGAUAUCCGAACUCGCAUUGAUGUCGAUAUAAAUGCAUUUAGGUAUAUAGCUUUAUUCAUAGACAAGAACAGAACCUUAGUGCCACCAAAGUGUUUAUUUUGACGUUUGACGUAUAUAAUGACGUAAUGAAUCCAUCAUGGCGUCCAAUACAUACAGCGUGUUCUUAGAACAGAUAAAAAUGUUGAACAUAUUUUUUUUGGAAUCAAAUUUAACAGAUUUCUAUUGACGGUGUUUAAGUGCACGUUGUGUGUUGUAUUUAUCGAAACUAGCGUUCACCGGUUGAGCGAAAUUCGACCAUAAUCGCGUUUACCGUAAGACUUAGAUUCAUAUGAACUAUUAAAUUUUCUCUUUUGAUUUUGUUAUUGACGUUUCUCGAAAGAAAGGUGAUAAUCCCUUGAUGAGCAGACGAGAAAAUGGUGUUUAAACUGUUUUUAUAUAUAGAUCGGUGCGAAUGGAUCGCAAACUCAAUGUGGUAUAGUCAGCUUAGUCUGAGUGACGACCGGCAUGUGCAUAUAAUAACGACGGGUGAAAAGCUAUUUGGUUUAAAGGUCAUUUUAGCAACUUUACAGGAGAGCCAUUUCUUCUUAUCAGCCCAUGGACGUCCACUGCUGGACAUAGGCCUCCCCCAAGCCUCGCCACACAGACCGGUCCUGCGCUGCCUGCAUUCAGCGGAUCCCCGCGAACCUCAAUAGGUCGUCGGCCCAUCUUGUGGGAGGCCUACCCACGCUACGUCUUCCAGUACGCGGUCGCCACUCAAGAACUUUCUGGUCCCAACGGCCAUCCGUUCUGCGAGCAAUGUGUCCUGCCCACUGCCACUUCAAUGUCGCAAUCCUUUGGGCUAUGUCGGCUACCAUGGUUUUCCUGCGAAUCUCCUCAUUUCUGAUUUGAUCUCGCCAUUUAGAGUUUAAAAUUUAGAAAAUAAUUCGUAACAUUAAAACUUCAACUACCUGAAAUAAUUGAUAACAAUGAAACUUCAGCUGUUUGAAUGGAUAAUUGAAGUUCAAUUAAAAAUAUCGAACUGUUGAUAUGCUAAUACAAAAUAAAAUGGGACUUUAAUUGCAAAGAUAAAUGUCGUGUGUUAAGCGAGAUCUUGCUUAAACCAAAUAGCCUUGCAUCUCUCGAUAUAUAGGGUGUAUAGGUUCUACGCCGAGAUUCCCUUGGCCUAUUUCUACAGAGAAGCAUCGCAACGUGCGAAAUCAUGGGUUCCGGAUAACAUAUAUUAUACAAUCUAAUAAAUUAUUAAAUAUAACAUUGGGCGAUGCGUCAUGUAGUUAUCGACAGCACCAAGGGUCUUGUCCAUAUGUAUGUACGUAUCGAAUUGUAAUCAUAUAGUCGAGCACCGCGGGUUCGCUCGCGUUAAAAUUGUUAUUUUUUUUUGAAAGACGUUGCAUUUCCCCUAAACGUACCAUUAACUUAUAUAUGACAAAAAGGCUGGUUGGUUGGUGUUUUUAAAAUGAUGACAGCGACGGUGACGCCAUUCCCUUCCAUCAUUAUCAUUGCCUUCCAUAGUGACAGUAAUUAAGAGUCACUUUUCCAAUCAAGUGUACAGCGAUAAAAGCAGAGAGCUCCGCUCGGUUCGGCUGCUCGAGUCUGAAUGUUUUGUGCGACAAUAGUCACUCGUAUUUAUAUAGUAGAAUAGUGGGGGUAGCUUAGUCUCUUUACAUGCGUAACAUUAAGGAAACGGUUAACUUUAACUAUUUUUAGUUAGCCAAAUAAAGACGUUGCACUGACAUAUAUAAUAAAAGGAUAUAGUAUAAGAUCAGCAAGCUGAAGUGGCAGUGGGCAAGCCAUGGACCAAUGACCCAGUAAAAACCGCUGGAUCACGUUGGAUGUAGGCGGCGACGGAUCGGCCUCACUGGAGAUCGAUUGGAGACGCUUAUGUUCAGCAGUGGACUGGCUAUAUAGGCUGGUGGUAUCUGCUGCAAACCUUAUUAUCAUUAUCAAACGGAAACUUUCAAUAUAAUAGGAUAUGGCGAGUUAGGUGCAUACCAAAAUCCUUUCUUCCACACGAUCCCUCGCUUAUCAAGCUAAGAUUGUCUUGCUAUUUCAAUUCUUUGCUGGACUUUUGUUUGGCGCAUCUUCGCUCAUCUUCUACACCUACGAACAGGAGUAUAGGAGAAGCAGAGUCUCAAAGAAUUUGCGUUAUGUACUUCAGAUUCGAGGCCUGCAUACCAGAGGAAAGCAGUGAUGUAAAUAUAGGCAUAAAUAAUUUACGUCUGCUUUGAAUUACCACAAAAAUAUCAAAAGCUCCACAGCUCAAUCUGGCCUAUUGUAAUUGAGGACAGUCGUUUGGAUUUGAAAUGGCCUAGUCACGUCGCAGCAUCUCUAGUCUUUAGACGAUGUUACCUUAGCUGAGAGCCUUGAUUUCAGCGUAACCUUAAUUAGUAGGUGAGCUCACGGGGCUCAAACCUGAGGACGUUGCUAACACGAACCCUAGCAAGAGCCGUGCUUCGCAGAAUCUACCACCGGAUCGGAAACGCGACCCACUGAGAAGACCCGGCGAGAAACUCAGUGGGCUGUGUCUGUGGGUUAAUUUACUCGUCGAGCCCUUCGUCGCAAGCGACAGGUUCGACGAGAUCGAUGACCGGUGCUUGAGGCACCUAAAAGCACCGUUAGUGGAUCGGGAGGAUCCGAGAUGACGUGUUUUGGGCGACGUCGACUGCUUUCCAUUCUGUCCGCAGGAUCGGGAAUGGCUUUGCUGCUGUGAUGGUCCCUGCGUAUAUAUGUAAAUCUAACUGCUUAGUACAGCGUAGUUUUAGAUCAGGGAGAUGUUGAAAAUAUUCUUAUUUUGUUUCAAAGCUAUGACCAGUUUGAAUAAAUUUCCGACGAGUUUGGGACCGAUUUCUAAUCCGGGGGUAGCAACAAUGACAAGGAAAGGUUGCGUGUAACGACUUAUGACGUCAGCGCCGUGGGUGCCGGCGUGCGAGAGAGAAGGCAAGAUCAAUUCAACACGCAUCCGCUUUAUUUUUAAACAUUGAAGUAUACUUUGACAAAGUAUUCUUGCUUCCGAUCUCAAUGUGCGUUUUCGCGAAUAGAUUAAUUAUCACGGACGUUCCUCUAAUAAAUAAAUGUAUCAGAUGUUACAGAAGUAGAACUUCUUUAGUCCGUCUUCUUUUUAUUCAGUAUUGGCUUCUGUGCGAAGCCAUUGUUGCCAGGUUAGGGCUUUUUUUUGAGUCAUUUAUUACAUAUUAUGUUCUAUGGAAUAUAUUACGGAGCGAUAUGAGAUGAAGUUGAUUUAUUUGAGACUUGAAUGAAUUGGGGAUGAAAUUAAAUGAAACGUAGUGAGAUGUGAUGAGAUUUACUGGUGGUAGGACCUCUUGUGAGUCCUCGCGGAUAUGUACCACCGCCCUGCCUAUUUCUGCCGUGAAGCAGUAAUGCGUUUCAGUUUGAAGGGUGGGGCAGCCGUUGUAACUAUACCUGAGAACUUAUAGCUCAAAGUGAGUGGCGCAUUAACGUUGUAAAUGUCUAUGGGCUCCAUUAACCACUUAACACCAGAUGGGCUGUGAGCUCGUCCACCCAUCUAAGCAAUAAAAAAAAUGAUAAAAUCCUCUAUCCGCGUCGUUUCCUCACUGCUGAGGGCCAUCAUAUCUCGACAGGAUUUUACUUCUUGUAAUGUCCCUCCAGCGCCUCCGAUCAUUGGCUGCAUAAAGAUAAAAUCCCACUGAGUCUCGAUUUCAUCACAUCUCACAGAAGGUGGUUAUUUGCUGAGACUUCAGUGGAGUUUUUGGAGGAAAGCGAGAAGUCACGUCCCGUGACUUUGUUUCAUCUCUCCCAAACACCCAAACCCCGCCCGCGGAACUUUAACAAACCCUAAACGCUCAAUAAGCCGACAUUAGCGUAUGAACUUGAAGUGACACUAAAUUAACAAAAUCAAGCAAUUCAAAUGGCUUCGCUAGUCGCGUUACCUCCAAAGAGUCGAUUAUUGAUUUUAAUACGAAAUACGCAGACGACCUCUUACUUUGUAAUCAGAACGAUCGUGGUUUGUUCGGAGGGGACCUUACCGCCUUACACAUAGGGUAGCGAUUUCAAUGAUUUCGAAAUAAAUAUCGCCAAUUUUGCUCUCAAGUUGAGGUACGAUUUUGGGAUACGAUUUGUCGUAUCGCGAUCGUGUCGUAAAACGAAUUAGAUAACACUAAAGGUUUUUUUUUUUUCGGGGGUCUUCGUUUAUGAUUUUGUUGUAUGGACAAUAUGUUUGUGUAAAGAGACAUACUCUGAGAAUAAUUGUAUAUGGAAAUUCGCUUUUUUUUAUUUCACAGUCGGCGGAGGGGAUCGCUUAGGAAAUUAUUAAACCCCCCCCCCCCCCCCCUCCCCUGGUACUUAUAUAAGCAGGAAAAUAAAUAGGAGCCAAUUCAACACGAGUAUUUUGUUGUUGAUUGGCCACGCAGAGCAAGAAACGACGAUUAAUGUUGAUGAUGGUUGAGAACAGACUUCAAGAUUUAUUGGGCAUACCAAUGGGAACAACAUUCAGACAAAAAAAACCAGUGUGCUUUAGACCACACGACUAAAGUAAAACUUCUUUAGCUCGCACCUUUCUGGCCCCUACGGUAACAUACGAAACGUAACUCUCUCUCUCUCUCUUUCGUAUCUUCACUAACUCAUAUCUCCCUCUCAACUUCCGUUCGCCUCGCCCGAUCACACAUUUCGUAACGCUCACGUAACGCAUUCACGAGGUCACUCCGCAAGCCAAGCGUGCGUAAAGAAGUUUUGCUUCAAUUAAAAAUAUUAUUAAACGGAUUUACAACGAUUUUUACAUUUAGUAAUGGAUAAUAGCGAUUUAUAAUGUACAUAGAUAGCGGCGAAAGAAUUAAUAAAAUCGUAAUAAAAUAAUUGACAAUUUCGGUUCAUAAAUGACGGAGAAUUCGUUGAAUACAGUCGGAAUGUAGAAAUUCCUUUUUUUUUUAAGUCGAUUAACAUGGGCUAUUCCUCGUGAACAGAUAUGUUGAAGAAUGUGGCUUUUCAUCUGUAAGCCGCGCCAAUAAAGAAACGAAUCUAAAAUGGCGGCGGCGAUCAUGCGCUCUCACUCUAAACUAUUGCUGUCUUUAGUCCGCACAGGGCGCGUACUGCAUGCAAAACAAAAUAUAUCAGUUCUGACUUUGUUUGUUUUUUCACUUUCGAGUUGUGCGACUUAGAUGGCUGGCAGCAAAAGUGUCUAUGCAAGUUGCUUCCCAGAUCAGACACCUCCCCCUCUGCCAGGGCACCAAAGUAAAGUACAUUCUCUUUUUUUUUAUUUUUUUUUACAAUAAACAACUUUUUCUAUCUUUCUUUUUGUUUGUUGACCCUACCAUCUGUCAGUGUAGGUAUAUAGACGCCAUUUUCGAUUCGCUUCUUUAUUGGCGCGGCUUAUACAUAGAUAUUGUAUAGAAGCUGAAUUGUAUAGAAACUUCGAAAUGUUGGGAACGUUCCCUUUGAACUAUGUGUAUGUAAUUUGCUCUCAAAUAAAUCAAGGGAUGGACAUUGGUGAGUUCAUAUUGAUUUGAAAACGCAAGGUAACGUACAGACAUGGCGGACGCGGGUCGCGUUCACCCGAGGUCAUUCAACUCGCGCAUCAUAUCGAGGGAUGAAAAGUUAUUUGGUUUAAGCGUCAUUUCGCUUAACACGCGACAUUUAUCUUUGUAAUUAAAGGUCCAUUUUAUUUGGUACUAGCGACCCGCCCUCGCUUCGCUUCGGAAACUGUAAUUUAUUAUUGAUUUCUCCACUAUUUAAUGGAUGUUAUUAUACAUAUAAACCUUCCUCUUCAAUAACUCUAUCUAUUAAAAAAAAAACCGCAUCAAAAUCCGUUGCGUAGUUUUAAAGAUUUAAGCAUACAUAGGGACAGAGAAAGUGACUUUGUUUUAUACUAUGCAGUGAUUAGCAUCAACAGUUCGAUUAUUUUUAAUUGAACUUCAAUUAAGUUAUUUUUUAAUUGAACUUCAUUAUUUUUAAAGUUUAAUUGGCUCUCCUGUGCGAUUUCGUAAAUGUCGCUAAAACCAAAUAGCUUUUCAUUUAUCGAUAUUAUUUUAACCAUAAACUACCUAGCAAUGUUUAUUAUUGCCUUGCAAAUACUUUUUUUGUUUGUCAGAUUGUAGGAUUCGCACUAUUGGAUUUUGUUUUUGGAAACGAUUCCGAUUUAGGCCGUAUCAAUAUCGAAAUAUGCCUACAUCACUUUUUAAUUACCAUAAGCCAAAUUUUUAAAUGCGUCUGUAAUGUCAUCUGCUGUCGUUGUAUGCUAGUGUACUUAGUGUAAAGAAUAUUGAGGGUAGAAUUAAGGAGUGCCAUCUUGUAUAGGGGACAAGCUGAAACAAAUCGGUUGUCUGUAAAGUCGGUUUACUGAUGGAAUGGUUUCAUUUUUCAAUUAUCGAAAUUAUCGUUGCUUUAAUAUAUAAACAAUUGACACCACAUUCACUUUUCAGUGAAGUUCAUACUUGACGAAAACAUGUACGCCUCAGAGCGAGGUAACGCCGCAUGAGUCAUGUUUUUUCGUGCGUGCAGCCGGCUCCAUCGAAUUAAUAAGUCGUUGUCACGUCCAAAAGUAUUCAUCUGUAAAAAACAGCAAGGUAUUGUUGGAAGACUCACCGAAAUAGCGCUAGGGUAGGAUGUGGAAAUAUGAAUAUAGCAGUUUUAUAUAGAGUGAAGUGUGCUAAGUUGAAGUUAAGUGUAGUACCUAGUUAAUGGCGAUGUUUUUAAAAUCUUUCCCCUUUGCUACUGUGGCGCCAUCUUCAUUGGCUUCCUUUCAGCGGACACUUUUUAAUACAGGAGAUAUGGUGUUUCUUACGUCUAUUCUGCAUAGCAGCGCCAUAAAAAAGCACACUACAAUCCAGCAUAUUCGACUCUGUUUAAAACUGCUAUAUUCAUAUCAUUAAAACGCUUUUAUUAGCUUUAGACGUAUGUAUGUUUCUAACGGAACCUUUGAACAUGUUUUUGACCCCCUUCAAAACGUCGGAUUAACUUGAAAUUUGGUAUGCUUAUUAAGGAACGAUGACAAUUCAAUAUUUAAAAAAAAAUUAAAAUUCAUCUCAAAAAUAAAUAAUAGUUUAAAAAAACUAACAAAAUACGCAAAAUCCAACAAAAAAAUAGAAAAUCAAUUUUAAUAAAUUUGAAUUUACAUUAAAAACAUUUUUUCUAUUUCAAUAUUAGAUAAAUUCAAAUUUAUUUAACAUUUAUUUUCUAUUUUUUUUUAGUUGGAUUUUCUAUAAAAGCGUAUUUUGUAAAUUUUUUUAGACUAUUAUUUAUUUCCACUUUCUACACUAGCGCUAUUUCGGUGAGUCUUCCGACAAUAACUCGCUGUUUACAAGUGGACGCUUUUUCAACUUAUCCCCUAUACAAGAUGGUGCUCCUUAGCUUUUCCCUCCAUAUCAGCAAUGACAGAUGUAUGGUUUAGUUUUUUUUUUUUUCAAAUAGUGGCAAGCAAUGGACUCGUAUUGAACUCCAAAGAGUUGCCGUUUCUGUAAUGGCCAUUUCGAAAUGUCUGCAUUUUUGGUAAUUAAAAAGUAUGUAUUUAUACUUUUAAUAGGAAGAAUGCACGAGUAUGCAUAAGUGUAAUAAUGUUUAAGGUCUAAUUUCAUUGUACAGUAGUAUGUAUCUAUAUAAAUAUAAUAAUAUUUUUUUUGUAUUUUCUAUUUUUAUUUUUUUGGUUAUUAAAAAUUAAAUUAAUUAAUGUGUACAUAAAUAAAAAGUUGUGCUUACUC